AUGAAUGUCGCUCGUCCGUCGGCUGAGGAUCUGACAAAGGCCCUUAAAGUUAACCCAGAGUCGGGCAACAUCCUGAUAAAGGUUGUUCUAUGCGGCCCGGUCAGUGGGAAAACGACUCUAGUGUAUCGGUUUACCACCGGUCGGAGUCGCGCGGGAAUGACGCCAGCUACUAUUGGCGCACAGUUCUUUAGGAAGGCAGUGAGCGUUAGUGGAGAGACAGUGGAACUUCAGAUGUGGGACACGGGAGCAUACCUUACAGCAUUACACGGGUUGAACUCGUCAAAGCUGCUAACAGUGUACUUGACCAAGGCUCACGGAGUAGUUCUGGUGUAUGACAUCACUCACAUGGAGUCUUUCCGUGAUCUGCGAGACCGGGUCAAAUACAUACAAAAGUGUGUGCAUGAAGAGACUGAGUUUGUGUUGAUGGGGACCAAGAAAGACCUGGAGGCCGGGAGAGAAGUGUCCAGAGAGUUGGGGGAGACGUUUGCUGAGGAAAGAGGUUUUCAUUUCUUUGAGGCCAGUGCCACGACUGGUGAAAAUUUCAACGAACUGUUUCACUGUCUGGCGGAACAAAUCGUGAGGAAGAAAAGGCAGUCGGAAGAAGACGGUCGGAUAUCCUUAUCAUCCGUGAGACAGAGUAGAAACAAUCAUAGGUCACAGUGUUUCUGA